AUGGAUGAAAAUCAAACACCAUACGCCGAAGCACCCGCUGAGAUUAGCCUCUCCUCCACACAUGAUGCGUGCAUGGACACUGAGAGCACCAACGCGCCAAUAUUAGACAUACCCAGCAAGACACGACCGAGUGAUACUCCAAUGAACCUGGCU